AGACAGAUCCUAAUAUGGCUGAAGUACUGAGAGCUUUACAAGAGGAAAAUGACUUGAAGAAGAGAUUGCAGCAUACAGUGGUUUUGGAUGAACCAAAAAUGGAUGAAGAACCAGAACCAUUACCCACACAGCAUGAAGAACCUAUAAUUGAACCAGUGUUGGAAACUUAUCCCACAGUGAAACCUACUGAAGCUCCUAACCAGAGACCAAAGACCUCUCGAUCUUUUGUCAACUUCGCUGUUGCUAAGCAGAAGCAGACUGCAGCACAGCUGUCUUCUAAAAUGAACACUCGAGGGCAGAAGCUUUUGAACAUGAUACAGCUGGAUACCGUUACAGUAGAACUUCUGACCUUGGCACCAGUUUCUUACGAGGCAUAUAUUUCCAGCUUUGGACAUUCUAACAGACAACAGGUUAGCAUCCAGACAAAUGAGGAUGCUUUGAGUGAGGAAGUCCAGACUGAAGAAAUUCUGAAAAGGGAUAAGUGGACCCAAAAACCUGUACACAUAAGCAUUGGCAAGGAUGAGAAAUUGCCUGGACCUGAGGACUACCUUGGGGUCGGAGGUGACAUGGAUCCCAUCAGUUUUACCGAGAGUUCGAGCAGCAACACAGGACGGCUCACCUCCUUCCUGACGUCGGCAUCGCAGGUGAUGUUGGCACUCCUGGAAGAGGAGUUAGUGUGGGAGCUAGAGCAUACCACAAAGACAAAUGAUGUGUCGACUACAUCUGACGGCCUUGGUUUCUCUCACCCACCCAUACCCAUGGGCUCCAGCGUCCAGUCUCUCCUUGAAGGUCGUCCCACUCCUUUUGUUCAGUUCUGCGACAGUGAACCGAUGAUGCUCUUGUCCGGCCACGGGUUCAGAAAUGUGGAAGAAGAAUCCGAAAAUGAGGUCAAGUUGAACGAGAGCAGUCUCAUUUGCGUUUGGUGGGUGCAAGAGCCCUCGCGUCCUCAACACCUUCUUAGUUCUCGUUCAGUACCCACUAGUGCCACCUUCAGUCCUGGCCGUCCAUCACUGGUGUUGGCUGGCCUAGAGGAUGGUUCCUUAGCAGCGUGGGAUCUCCGUGAGCCUGUCACCCUUCACACACUGCAUACGGAAAUCGGGGAGGUUAUGUGGAAAGUUCGGGUGCCCUCGUUUGUCACAGCCUGCAAUGAAGUUGGUCAUGGAGAAGGAAGCAAAAUUGUGUCUAUACAGGCUGUAACUAACCAGGAGGAUAUGGAAAUGAACAAUGUUGUUACUUUGUCUAGGGAUGGAAGAGUAACAUGGUGGGUUGUUGUGCGUGUUCCUCUCGUGAGUGCCGUUGGAGACAUACUUGGAGGGAAGAAGUCAGGUAUUAAUAUCACUAAGAGUAAUUCUGCAGUUGUCUCUCCACAUCUGGGAGCUUCACCGUGGUCGAGGAUCGCUCUCAACCGAUCAGCAACAAUCAGUGUGGCUACAACGCUUUAUGGUGAGGAAGUACUCAGUGAUGCAAUUUUAUGCCAUGAUCUGAGGUUAGAUUUAAGUGACCCAAGUCAGCUAUACGUUGCAACGGGGAGUGGAGCGGUUGCUCACUGUUCCCGCCAUUCUUCGCGUAUGCAUCCACGGGCCUACUUGCCUGAAAUUGAACCUGGGUGCGAAGCCCUCUGCCUUGCUAUAUGUCCUCAUGACCAGCGGUACGUACUCGUUGGAGGCAGCGAUGGUGUUGUGAGACUCCAUAGCACUGCGUUGGAAAGGCCUCUUACGUCCUGGCAGUCCUCUCCUGACUGUGUCCCUGUGGUGGAUCUCCAGUGGUCACCCGCCCGACCUUGCGUCUUUUACGUGCUGGAUGCUAAUGCUAGGUUGCAUAUAUGGGACCUCAGUGCAGGUGACAUCUUCCCCGUGCUGACAGUAGAAACAGGAGGCUUAGUUGGUGGAGUUUUAAGCUCGUUCCACAUCGCUCCCACAAAGAGAACUUCACAUCAUCCUCUUCAUGGUGUAUUUGCAAAUGACCAGGGAGAGUUGGUGCUGCGGCAGGUCAGUCCUGAAUUUUGCACGCAUCAAGUACUCGAAGACUACAACACAGAGCUGGAAAGGUUUAAGUACUAUGUCAAUAUUAUUUAAAAUCUUGCGCAGGUACAACAUUCCUCUGUUUUGUUGUUUUAGGAUAAUAUAACAAAUUUAUAAAAAAUGGUAUUAAACAAAGCUAUACAAAUAAGAUUAAUUAAACAAACAUGAAGCAAAGAUGCUAGUCAGAAUAAUCAUGCAACUGAAAGUAAUGUGCUAGUCAGAUCUUACCAAUGAAU